AUGAACAUGUUGCGGAAGUCCGUGCUAAAUGAACAAGUGAUUGCCGAGGAGAGAAAACUUGUGAAUAGAAAAGAAAUGGAUUGGUACUGGCCGAAGUUUGCGGCUUCUUUAGCCGACGCUUUCAUUGAAUAUCUAGAAGACAAUGAGUCUGAGCAUGGUCAAACUCUGAAAAUUAACCAAAUUGCACCUGUUGUCACCGAGUCAACUGGCUACUAUCAAGUUGAGGAGGACAUACCAGAAGCGCCUCGAAAAACGAUUCCAGGAGACUGGCAUUAUAUUCCAAUGGAUAGUACACUUGAGAGUCUUAUUGGCGCGAUUUUAAUAACAAUUAAUGACGAUGCUUUCUGGGACUUGUUGCAAAGCGAAAAUAAUGCUAAGCUAAAAUGGAUUCAUGAGAGAACUGAUCUCAAUCGUCUGGUUGUGUCAGCUGCUCUUCAGAGUUUUUCCGCUUUAUUUCAAGUCGAAGCGGAAACGUAUCUUUGGGACUCUCGUGACCUCAGAGUAGCGAUUCAAAGUGGCAGUCCUUGCAUUGGCCUAAAGAUCCUAAACGACUUCGCGGAACUGACCUUUUUCUCGAAACGAGAUAGCGAAUGGUCCGUGUGCUCAAUAAGCAAACAUAUCCUUGAGUCAAUUUUUCUCAACCGAGAGUACUUCGACGAUGUUUACUUCGAAGCACUUACAACGGCGAAUUUCAGCGCGCACAAUCUCCCUCUCCUCCGCGCAGUAGAGCUUUUUCCUAGCGCCGCGUGCGUUCAGCAGCGUGUGCAGAGCAGUCAACCCCCGCCGCCGCCUCCCGAGUCAGGAACGAUCCACCCGCCAGGGAACGAAGAAGACGGUCAUCAUCAUCCGGAAGCUAUGGUCGCCACUGAGAGCAAAUCAAGCGCCAAGAGCAAUCGAGAGCUGGGAUUCAGAUUCUCCGAUCAAGAUGCGAUGGAUGUCGACUACGUCCUAGAGAAACCAGUGGAAGAUCAAGAAAGAAGCCCAGUCGAACACGGCCGAAGCGGAAACGACAACAACCUAAGCCUCCUCUGCCUCGCCGCGGAGCAGUUCAAGGAUGAAUCGCAGCUCAAGUAA